UGACAGCCCAGGCUCACACCACUUGAAAGGUUUUAUCCAUCAACAUUCUGAUCUCACUUUCUUGAACUCUCAAGACCGUGGAAAGCAUUCCUUUACAACUCUAGCUAUUGCAACGAUCAAACAGAAAGUUUUGAAUUCACAAGAUGGCAACUUUUCAUCUACCCCUUAAGAUUGUGCUUGUCCAAGACAAUGCUGCCGGGCACUCCCACGAAGACGCAUAUAUGCUGCGAAAGAAGGAACUCGAUGCUCGGCGCAAGACGCGUCAGCCAAGGCGCAAGCCCCGAAAGUUUGGAAAUCAGAUUACGUUGCAGACGAAAGAUGAGCAGCAAGAAUGCGGGCGAGGACGCUGUCAACACUCCUGUCGGUGGGCAGGAUGCUGCUCUUCGGGUUUGUCGACAACCGACAAAUCCAAUGACAACAAGAGGUCGAGCCCCAAACGCCCUAGUCGCAGUGUGUCGCCGGCUCCCACGACGGUUCCUAGGAGAGGACGCGUUACUGGGGACGAAAACGAUGCGCCGUUGUAUGGUCAGUCUGUGAAGGUUCCUCGACGAGCUGUUUCUCAGUAAUUGCGUCAAAGACAGAUUGCGAGCUGGGAGGAAAACAAUGUGGUUGUGCGGGAAAGGGAAAAUACAUGUGUACCGAAGGGAAAACUAAAACUAGCACCACCAUUGAUACA